UGCGCGCGCCGCGUGCCCGCGCAGUGUUCGAGCGCGCUGCGGGUGUCAGUCAGUCAGUAAUGGCGGAGGAGCUGGACGUGGAUUCUCUGAUCUCCAGAUUACUGGAGGUGCGAGGAUGCCGUCCAGGGAAGAUCGUUCAGAUGACGGAGGCGGAGGUUCGGGGUUUGUGCAUCAAGUCUCGUGAGAUCUUCCUCAGUCAGCCGAUCCUGCUGGAGCUGGAGGCGCCGCUGAAGAUCUGCGGUGAUAUCCACGGCCAGUACACAGACCUGCUGAGGCUGUUCGAGUACGGCGGGUUCCCCCCCGAGGCCAACUACCUGUUCCUGGGCGAUUACGUGGACCGGGGCAAGCAGUCGCUGGAGACCAUCUGCCUCCUGCUGGCCUACAAGAUCAAGUACCCCGAGAACUUCUUCCUGUUGAGGGGCAACCACGAGUGCGCCUCCAUCAACCGCAUCUACGGCUUCUACGACGAGUGCAAACGCAGGUUUAACAUCAAACUGUGGAAGACGUUCACCGACUGCUUCAACUGUCUGCCGAUCGCAGCCAUCGUCGACGAGAAGAUCUUCUGCUGCCACGGAGGACUCUCUCCUGACCUUCAGUCCAUGGAGCAGAUCAGACGCAUCAUGAGGCCGACAGACGUGCCCGACACAGGGCUGCUGUGUGAUCUGCUGUGGUCAGACCCGGAUAAGGAUGUUCAGGGUUGGGGAGAGAACGACCGCGGCGUCUCCUUCACCUUCGGUGCCGAUGUGGUCAGCAAGUUCCUGAACCGCCACGACCUGGAUCUCAUCUGCCGCGCGCAUCAGGUGGUUGAAGACGGCUACGAGUUCUUCGCUAAGCGGCAGCUGGUGACGCUGUUCUCGGCGCCGAAUUACUGCGGCGAGUUCGAUAACGCCGGAGGGAUGAUGAGCGUCGACGAGACUCUGAUGUGCUCCUUCCAGAUCCUGAAGCCGUCGGAGAAGAAGGCCAAGUAUCAGUACGGCGGGAUGAACUCCGGCCGCCCAGUGACUCCGCCCAGAACGGCCACGCCCCCGAAGAAGCGCUGAGAGGGCGGGGCCUCGGCCUGAACGGCCACGCCCCCGAAGCUGAGGGGGCGGAGCUACAACACGUGUGAACCGGCAUGAAGACUGUCUUGAAAUAGGAUGAUGUAGUUAAACACGCUUGAGUUUCUCCGUUGACGACACCGCUCUCGCUCUGAGAUCACUGUGUGCUGCUUUGCUUCUGUGUGUGUAAACGUCACGUUCUUCACAGUGUUUGAACACACAUUUCUUUUCUCGCUCUGCGUCUAACAACAGAAGGGUUUACAUUGACUAGGUCUUUUCUAGUUGAUUAUUUCACUCUUCGAGGCCUGUUGGAGUCAGACAGGUUCAUAACAUCAGGAUUUUCAGUAAAUAAAUUUGAACAAACCUCAGUGUGUUUGUAAGCUUGUUUUAUGAAGCGCCCGUUCAUAGAAAGUGUGUUCUUCAGUGGUGACGGAGAAACAGGUGUGUGUGAGGAGGAUCGGUUAAAUGGUACCUAAUGAUUCUUGUAAGUGUUCAUUAAAACUCAUUAUUACUAAAACAUCUAAAACAAGCUGGAGAUAAUCUGCAAAAUCAUCUCUGACCCCUGAAGGAGUGUGGUUUUAUGUGUGUGCAGUGUUGUGGUUUUAUAGUGGGUGUGUUUUGUGUGUAGUUUCAAGAAAUGGAACCAUAGUUUCAUAAAUUGUGAGCAAUUUUAAAAACUUAGAAUGUUGACAAAAUACAAAAACAUUUAUACU